CCACCCUCAAUAUUAUACCAAUCAAAAGCACUCCUAAGUUAUAAAUAUAACAUCUUAGAAAAAGCGCAAAAGAUUAAUCAAAAACACUUGGCGUGCAACACCAUCCACCACUACUAGUAAUCAACCCGAACUCUUAAAAGCUGGUCUGUUUCGUGGAAUUCCGGCAAUGACAACCCCCCUCCCGGAGGCCUACACAAAGUUAUCGCCAGCGGUACCACAGUGGCUAAACAAAGGCGACAACGCAUGGCAGCUGACGGCGGCGACGCUCGUCGGAAUCCAAAGCAUGCCGGGACUCGUGAUCCUGUAUGCAAGCAUCGUUAAGAAGAAAUGGGCAGUGAAUUCUGCUUUCAUGGCGCUCUACGCUUUCGCCGCCGUCCUCAUCUGUUGGGUUCUGGUCGGUUACCGAAUGGCUUUCGGCGAUCAACUCAUUCCUAUGUGGGGAAAAGGAGCACCUUCUUUAGGCCAGAAGUUCCUCAUUCGCCGAGCCAAAGUCCCCGAAAGCACCCACUACCACGAUGAUGGCAGACUCGAGAGCGAGAUGGUCGAACCAUUUUAUCCCAUGGCUUCUCUGGUCUACUUCCAGUUCACUUUCGCAGCUAUUACUAUGAUUUUGCUAGCUGGGUCAGUUCUUGGGCGUAUGAACAUCAAGGCUUGGAUGGCUUUUGUUCCUCUUUGGCUUCUCUUUUCCUAUACCGUCGGUGCUUUCAGUCUAUGGGGUGGAGGUUUUCUCUACCACUGGGGUGUCAUCGACUACUCCGGUGGCUAUGUCAUCCACCUCUCCUCUGGAAUCGCCGGUUUCACCGCUGCUUAUUGGGUGGGGCCGAGGUUGAAGAAUGAUAGGGAAAGGUUUCCUCCAAACAACGUCUUGCUGAUGCUUGCUGGGGCUGGACUUCUUUGGAUGGGUUGGUCCGGUUUCAACGGUGGCGCACCCUACGCCGCCAACAUUGACGCUUCCAUAGCGGUGUUGAACACCAAUAUAUGUGCGGCAACGAGCCUUCUCGUUUGGACGUCUUUGGAUGUGGUGUUCUUCGGGAAGCCGUCGGUGAUCGGAGCCGUACAGGGAAUGAUGACCGGACUGGUUUGUAUUACACCGGGAGCAGGUUUGGUGCAAUCUUGGGCGGCUAUAGUGAUGGGAUUGCUUUCUGGUAGCAUUCCAUGGGUGUCAAUGAUGGUUCUUCACAAAAAGUCUACUCUAUUGCAAAAGGUGGACGACACUCUCGGAGUAUUCCACACACACGCGGUGGCGGGGCUUUUGGGCGGCCUCCUAACCGGACUUCUAGCGGAGCCAGCUCUUUGCCGUCUUAUACUUCCGGUGGGAAACACAAGAGGAGCUUUCUACGGCGGUAAUGGAGGAAUCCAAUUCCUGAAACAGGUGGUGGCUGCUUUGUUUGUGAUCGGUUGGAACAUUGUCUCCACAACCAUUAUACUGCUGGCUAUCAGGUUGUUCAUACCUCUGAGAAUGCCGGAGGACCAGCUGUUGAUCGGAGAUGACGCCGUUCAUGGAGAAGAGGCUUAUGCUCUUUGGGGAGACGGUGAAAAAUACGACCCCACCAAGCAUGGUUGGAAUAACUCUUCCUAUGCUGAAGAAAUUGCACCUUCUCCAUAUAUCAAUGGUGCUAGAGGUGUAACUAUCAAUCUCUAAAGGAUUAUUUUUAUUUUUAUUUUUAUUUUUACGUGCAUUAUAGAUAUUAAAUACCACUUUGUAAGUAGAAUUUUGAAAAUGCUAUAUUGAAAAUUGUAACGUCGUCUAUAUAUAUGUGUAGGUGUGUUCCAUCAAAAAAUAUAUAUAGAUGUGUGUGUAUGUCUGUGUGUGUGGGGACCUUUGUAACAUAAAAGUUACCAUGGAUGAAAAAGAAAAUUGUUCAAAAUAUUUGAUUA